AUGGCCUCUAAAGCCACCAAGUCUUAUCACGUUUUAGACCUUGUUUGUAGUUAUGGCAAAUCCUUUGGUCUAUUUGCUGCCUUGAAUCACGGAAUAUUUGAUUACUUAGAGAAAAACGAUAACGGAAAAACAGCUCAGCAGACAGCCUAUGACCUUUGUCUUGAUGAAGUCGCAGCGACUAUCUUGCUUGAUAGCUGUACAAGUUUUAAUCUUUUGGUAAAAGAAAUACCUGACGGAAAAAUGGAAAAGGCUAUUUACCGGAACGCCAAGGAAACCAAGCGACAUCUUUUACCUCAAAGUCCUGAAUCACUUUAUCAUUUCGCCAUAUUUCAAUCGCGAGUAAUGAGCAAAUUGUCGGCGAAUUUUGGACAUGCAUUGAAAGAUGGUAAAAGUCAAUGGCAGCGUACAUUUGAAGCAAUGAAAAAUCGUAUACAAAUGUGCACAAGCUUGUUGCUUGGAACUUUCGAUCUCUCUGGAUUCUCUCAUCUUUGCGAUCUUGGUGGUGAGGCUGGAGACUUUUUUGAAGAUGAUUUCCCUCAUGCAGAUCUCUAUAGUAUGACCAGUACACUUCAAGACUGGGAUGAGGAAAAAAUUGAUCUUCUUUUAAGCAAAACAUUUCAUAGUCUCCAGUCAGGUGGAGGUAUUUUGCUCGGGGAAGUUAUUCUUGAUGACGACAAACGUGGACCGGCGCAGAGUCUGUCAUUCAGUAUGUCCAUGUUUACAGCUUGCACGAAAUCGCGCAUGAGGUCUGGAAAAGAAUUUGAGCAACUACUUCAAAAGCAUGGCUUUGUACAAAUUCAAUAUCGUCAAAAUGAAGUGCCCUUUCUUGUUGGAGUUGUCUUUGCAAGGAAACCGUAA